CUAGAUACCAGGCCAUAAACUCAAAAAAAAAAAAAAGAAUACUAUGAUCUCUAAAUUCUAAUCUCUAUGAUCAGUGGAUCGGUUUACUGGUGAGGCGGGAGAAUGGCUUUGGUUAUGGGCCUGGGCUUGCACCAGGUAUUCUCCAUAAUUUUGCUGCUGAGAGUGUUGUCAGUGUUCCUGGUGAAAACGUGGUACGUCCCCGACGAGUACUGGCAGACUCUGGAAGUGGCACAUAAGCAAGCUUUUGGAUAUGGAGCAUUGACUUGGGAAUGGCAGAAGGGUAUCCGAAGCUAUCUUUACCCUAGUAUUGUCUCAGUGUUCUACACUGUUUUGAAGUUUGCAUCAUUAGACUAUCCAGAAGUUGUGGUUGUAACACCACGGAUCCUUCAAGCUAUUCUCAGUGCUUUUGCAGACUACCGUUUCUAUAAAUGGACAGGAGGUCGCAAAUGGGCCCUGUUUUUGAUACUCACAUCUUGGUUCUGGUUCUACACAGCCAGCCGAACAUUAUUGCAAACAUUUGAAACAGAUUUAGUUGCUAUUGCCCUGUCUGUCUUUCCUUUUAAAGCAGGAAAAUUAGCAUAUUAUGAACAAGAAGACAAUAGAUGGAUUUGGCUAGCCGUUUUAUCUGUGUUCGUUCGACCCACAUCUGCACCAUUAUGGCUUGUCCUCGGCACGUACAACCUGUUUACUACCAACCAGGGAAAAUUCCUUUUUUUUAAAAACUAUUUGCCUAUUAGUCUCAUAGCCGGUGGAAGCUUGGUCGCUCUAGAUACAUACAUGUACGGAAGAUUGAUCAUCACACCCUGGGAGUUCUUUAAGUUUAAUGUCCUGCAAGAUAUCGGGUCCUUCUACGGAACGCAUCCAUGGCAUUGGUAUCUGACCCAAGGUAUACCGGCAGUGUUAGGAGUGACCCUCCCUCUAGUACUGUGGGGUAUCGUCUCGGUGCUCCGAAGACCCAAAGAGAACAAAACAGGAGUCGUUCUGUUGACUGCCGCCGUCGUUCAUUUAGGAAUUCAUAGUUGCAUCGCUCACAAAGAGUUCAGAUUCGUCCUGCCUCUGCUCCCCGUCCUGCUGUAUUUGGCCCAAGACGUCGUCGUCCCCUGGAGCAGGAAGGCUAAAAGAUGGCAACUGUACUCCCUGGCGGCGGUGAUCCUGCUGGGCAACGCCGUCCCCGCGGCCUACUUCGGCUCGGUGCACCAGGCGGGCACCACGCGGGUCAUGGCUCUCCUGCGGGAGGCGAUCCCUCACAACCGCAGCUCCGUGCUGUUCCUGAUGCCGUGCCACUCCACGCCCCUCUACAGCCACCUGCACGCCAACGUGUCGGUUCGCCACCUGGACUGCUCGCCGCCUCCCCCGGGCCGCACCUUCGAGGCCGAGGCCUUCUUCAACAACCCCGGCGCGUGGUGGGCCAAGGAGUACUCCGCCAGGCAGCCUCCAACCCUGCUCGUCAUGUUCGACGUGCUCCGCGGCCGCGUCGAGUCUCUGCUCGAGAACCGGUAUCGGCCGAUAGGCGAGCUGCCGCACACGCAGUUCCCGUCGGGCGAGGUCGGCGCGAGCGUGCUCGUGUUCGAGCGCGCGGCGGCGGCGGGGCGCGGGGGAGCGUAACCUCGGGCCGACGACGACUCGUAGUUAUUAUAAUAUAUUUAAAAGCGUAGAUUCACCUCGUCGUUCGGUCGCGACUCUACGCGGGAAAUGUCUUCCGGCCUUUUGACAUUAUUGCUUUUAUUUUGUGACAUUUUGUGGGCACUUUUUUGGUGCAGUUUUAAGUGUAAUUUUCUUCGACCGGGUCGUCGCAUUUGACGUAUCGCAUAGAUUUUUUUGCGAAAUAAUUCUCCAUGGCGAUACAUAUUUUUAUUAAAUAUAAGUUUGACUUCGCUCACAAACGACUACGUACACAUUGAUCGACGUUAAGUUGAGCUCGAAAUCCAUGACCACACGCUACCCUAGUAAAUAGGGUUGUAACCAUUCAGUUGCCAAAGCGUCGCUUAGUACGGAAUACUCUACUCUACUCCGAAAAUAGACUGACGAGAUGACCACCGACGGCUCGCGAAGUUCUUGUGCGCUUUCAUCUUUCACUUAAUAGUUGGCGAAGUUCGGGAGAGUUCGGGAGCCGACACCGUUUUUGAAAUUGUGUAAUAUAAAUAAAGAAUAUUUCAAAUGGCAAUAAUGGUUCAUGUGAGAUGAGGUUAUUUAUAUUGUACAAAACAAUUCAAUUCAUUUUUUUACUAUUUCCGGUAAUUGAUUAAUGAAAUAUAUUGUGUGAUUUAACAAAAAUAUUAUUGAGUAUAAUAAUAAUUUUAAUAGAAUUUAAUAGAAAAAAUUUUGAGCAUUUUUUGGGAAAUCCCAGUGUUGUUUUCUGUAAGUAAACGUAUUUUAGAAAUGUGUGAAUUUUAAUAAAGAUUUUAUUUUUAA